AUGCUUGAUAUUUAUCUUUUCCUGUCAGAAAAAGGAGGAGAUCCAGAGAAGAUUAAAGAAUCUCAAAAAAAACGGGGCUCUUCAGUUGAAAUUGUUGAUCAAAUUCUUGUUUUAUAUAAAUCAUGGACAGCAGAAAGGUUUAUUCUUGAUUCUUUAAAUAGGGAGAUGAAUACUCUUCAGAAAGAAAUUUCUGCUAAGAUUAAGUCAAAAGAAGAUGUACUUCCUUUGCUUGUUAAGAAACAGGAGUUACAAGUCAAACGUAAGGAAGCAGAAGUAUUAGAGUCGGAGAAAGAACGGGCAUUAAGGCAGACACUCAAGACAGUGGGAAAUAUUGUUCAUGAUUCUGUUCCAGUAAGUAAUAAUGAGGAUGAUAAUGAAGUAAUUCGUACAUGGUUUCCAGAGAAUUAUAUUGAAAAAAAGGGUAAUUUAUCUCACCAUGAGGUUUUAUUGAGAUUAGAUGGAUAUGAUCCAGAAAGAGGUGUUAAAUUGGCAGGACAUAGAGGUUAUUUUUUAAAGGGAUGCGGUGUUCUUCUCAGUCAAGCGUUGGUUAAUUAUUCUUUGAAUUUUCUUAUAGAAAAAGGUUAUAUUGUUUUACAAACCCCACAUAUGAUGAAUAAGGAUAUAAUGAGUAAGACAGCUGAAUUGGAUGAUUUUGAUGAACAACUUUACAAGGUUAUAGAUGGAGAUGAUGAAAAAUAUCUUAUUGCAACAUCUGAACAGCCAAUUUCUGCUUUUCAUUCUAAUGAAUGGUUUGAAACACCUAAUGAGCAACUUCCAAUUAAAUAUGCUGGAUAUAGUUCUUGUUAUCGAAGAGAAGCUGGUGCACAUGGAAAAGACACAUGGGGGAUAUUUAGAGUUCACCAGUUUGAUAAGAUUGAACAAUUUUUGAUUACUUCUCCUGAAUCUUCCUGGAUUAUGUUUGAAGAAAUGAUUUCUGUUGCUGAAGAGUUUUAUAUGUCUCUCAAACUCCCUUAUCGAAUUGUUUCUAUUGUCUCUGGUGCAUUAAAUAAUGCUGCUUCAAAAAAAUAUGAUUUAGAGGCUUGGUUUCCAUUUCAAAGUGAAUACAAGGAGUUAGUAAGUUGUUCAAACUGUACAGAUUACCAGUCUAGAAAUCUUGAGAUUCGUUGUGGUAUUAAGCGUUUAGGAGAUAAAGAAAAAAAAUAUGUGCAUUGCUUAAAUGCUACUUUAUGCGCUGUGACUAGAGCAUUAUGUUGUAUAUUAGAAAAUUAUCAAACACCAGAUGGUCUAGAUAUUCCUGAGCCUUUGCAGAGUUAUAUGGGCGGGAAAACUUUCCUUCCUUUUACUAAAAGUUUGCCUAGGAAUAGUACAUCUCGGAAAGUUUAA